AUAAUGCAAAAUAACAACGCAUAACAUAAACAAAAACAAAAUGAAAGAAAGAAUUGAAGUAUAAAAAGGACAGGUGCUUAUUCAAAUCAAAUUUUCUUGGUAUAUGCUAUUUGCAAUACGAACAAUUGUGAAAUAAUGAGUACAACAAAUGAUAAAAUGAAUGCAAAUAAUGAAAUCAGGAAAUUUAAGUUUCCACCAAAUUGGAAGGAUAACACCAAGAUAAAAUUGCUAUUCGCAAGCUUUCAUCCGCGGCAUUUGAAUGAAGAAACAUACGACUCAAAGAUGUAUUUCUGGAUGGAUCUGAUUAAACAAUAUUGCACAUUUAUGGGCAAAGCGAACAUCAGUUUGCGAGAACUGCAAUUGCAGUUCAAGCGGGGCGAGCAAAUUCCCGCAUGCCUGGACGCGGUACUGACCCAAAUGGAGCAACAAAAAAUGAUACGCCUGCGCACUGAAUACGAAGAAGAUCCAAUGAACAGCUGGAGGGGUUGGCUGGUCAACAGUUUUGUGAAGCGCCCUUUGUCGCGCAGCUGGCUCAAACUCAAACAUAGCAUUUUUACACCAGAUGCCGGAGUUGAUUCUCUUGUUGAAUGGAUUCACCUGGAGGUCUUACAGAGCAUAUGCCAUGAAAUGGAAGAGAAGGUAUUGCUGAAAAAUCGUGGAAAAUUGCUGCACUUUGAAGCCUUUAUGUCGCUGUGUGAAGCAUGUGAAAUGCACAUCCAUGUUGACUUCUUGGAUUUGUGCCUUCUAUUUCAUGCGGCACGCAAGCAAGUCGCCUUAGAGGUUAUGAUUGAAAGGCAAAUGCGGCGCAUUCACCUCAUCAAAAUCCCAGCUAAUGAGAAUGACAGUCUAAUUAUUACGGAAGCAGAUCAUGCGAUGCAUGACCUGGAGAUGACACAGGCUAAUCUGCUGAAACAACUGGAGGGCAUUGAAGAGGAUAUCAAGAGCAACGAGAAUAAGGCGCUCCAAUAUGUUAAAGAAAACAAACGGCAAUUGGCCAAAACAUACCUGCGAAAAAAGCGUUUGCUGGAAAAAAAUCAUGAGAGACGUAGUAUUGCGCUGCACAACAUAGAAACAUUGUUGUCAAAUGUGGAUGAAGCACAGCACAGUGGUGUCGUCCUAGACGCUUACAAAACUGGCACAAAGAUGUUGCAGAAGGUUCUUAACAAUUCGGGUCUCAAGUACGACAACGUCGAUGAAGUACUGGCGGACGUGCGCGAGACCAUGGAUCAGCAUCGGGAAAUUCAAGAUGUUAUGUCGAAUAGCACUGCCGACGUAGCCACCAACGAUGAGGAAGAGCUAGAAAUAGAGCUACACAAACUGAUGGGCGGCAAAGAAACGACAAAACCAAUGAAUGUUGUUACAAACAAUAACAAUAAGCCAGAGCUUGUUAUAGAGGAUAAAGAUUUGAUUGCCAUGCUAAAUGAUCUGGAUGUUGAAGAUGGCACAAUCUCUCAGUCUAGCCAUAAAACAUUAGAGUCGGUGUAAAAGCAAUUGGAUUACAUAUAUAUUUUUGAAAGUGUUUUUGUUUUUAAUAAAUGGUACAUGUUCUAGUUUUCUAUGAUUUAUAUAUAUUUUUUUAAAUUUAUAAUUGCUUUA